UGCUCCUACCUUCCAUGCGAUUUCGUCCCCCUAAGGCUUUAGUCACUGGUGUUAGUGGCGUGAUGGCCCGGGAUUUCGAGAGGAGAGGCCUCCUAAAUUUUUCAAAUUCGAAGUCCUCUCCAAUUCUACAACCAUGACUAUGGCGGUCGGAUUCUUGUCGCUUCCUACGGAGCUCAUAUGUCACAUUCUAAUCCUUCUUCACCCCAGGGACAUUAGUCGGUGUGCAAUGACCUGCAAUAUUUUUUGGCUGGUGGUCCAAAAUUCUGUCUACAUUCAAUACAAGCUUGAAAUCUAUGCUCAAGGCUUGAUUAGUACCGGGACUGUUACCAUGAAUUCGACCGGCGCUUUCAGAAAGUCUCUGUGUUCGCUCAAGAAAUUGGCAUCUUUGUGGCGAUCUGACUUCCAUGCGACCACUACCUUUGAAACAGUGGUCACUACCGCUGCCACAUACCUUCCAGUGUCAUGGGAACACAUGUUACCGAUCCAGAAUGUGCAAUGUGGGCUUUGGUGGUCAGACUCGCCGGAAGAAGACGAAUUCUACAUUCAGGGUUGUGGCACGAAUCCUACACUCUCCCAGACAUGGCCUAUCGGUGACGCCAAGGGCUUUUUUACGUUCGACCCUCUGCAGGAUCUUAUGGUUGUGUGUUCUGAGCCUGAUGAUGAUGUCGCUGUGACCGAUGCAAAACAAGAUUACCAUGUCUGUUGGGUGGAGUUCCGACUGGCUUCAUCCCAGCGUCCGCAUCCGAGUGCUGCGUGCACUUCCUUGGAGUGCAAACAUACCUUUGAUGCGCCUGGCUAUUACUUUGCUGCUAUAUCACCACCCGUAAUCUGCGGUGAUCACGUAUUUAUCCUCUAUGACAUAGAGGAUACGGGUGGCUGCCAUCCUGAGCCUGUGCCCGGCAUGCUCAUACAAGUGAUCAAUUGGAGGAAGGGAUAUGUGAAUAGGCAUUUUCUAUGUCAACUGGAUUUCUGCGAGUUAGAUCUGUUCUAUCCAGUUGAUGAACAGAAGUUUGUCAUCAUUGGCCCAGAAUCGAUACACUUGUACACGUUACAAGGGCUCAAUGGGCCGCCUCAGUGCCGAAUCAUAUAUCACCUUCCCAAGAUCCUCCAUCUAUCAUCAUGCGACUCGAAAAUCUUUGUUCAUGGCCACCCGUCACUGCAUGGCAAAGCAGCACACCCAGGACUCAUGCCGAGCUAUGUACCCUCCCUGGAGUCGCAGAUUAUGGUUGUAGAGUUUCUUCCCGAAGAGGAGAAAGACGCUAUCCUAGUCAUCGAUAUGGCUAUCUUCUCUGACAAGGCCCUGCGCUCAGAUAUGCUUGUCGACAUUCCCUGGUCAGAUUGGGGACCUCAGUAUGCGUGCUACUUUCCGCACCACGAAAGCUACCAUAUCAGCGUGUUUGGCAGCAAAAUGGCCUAUGCUCUUCCCCAAGAUCGUAUUCCUGAUCCUGAUCAAACACUGGAAGGGCUCUCCAGUGAGGGUUACAUAUAUGUACAUAUCUGGGACUUCAAUAAACGAGUCAUUGCUCGUUCGGAAAGUGUCGACGAUCCCGACUCACCAGAUUUUCGCAUUUGCAAGCCGGGUCAGAUCAUUGACUCCUUUGGUGAAGACAUCGUCUCGAAUCGUGCAUACAUAGCGACGGUCUGUCGUACGCCAUUUCCGGCAGCUGGCUCUUGUAUAUUCUUGGAACAGGAUCGGCUUACUGUGACACGGACAGACGUUGGCCCGGACAUCACAGAAUAGAUACUUUGGUUGUCCAGCGUCAUGCUUGUAUCAUGUUUGUAUUGGAAAGUGAGUAAGAUAGGUAAGACUUAGCGACGCCGA